UUUUUUGCCGUGCUUGAAGCAGAGAGAGGGAGGGAGCAUGAGGCAGAGCACAAACAGGUGUAUCCCAAUGAGUUUAAGCUGCACCUUCUUUCUCUACUCUGCCGACUUGAUGGCUUUACUUCUCUCUAGGUGAGAAUCCCACAGCUAGGAAAUUAACUUACUCCACCACUUGGACGGCUCUUUUGGACAGGACCUGGAUUUUCACAGGACGAGCCAAUUAUUGGGGAUGAUCGAGCCGCAUGAAGGCACCUUGCGCUCCAGGCUGCCCUCUACUUUAGGAUCCUUAUACCUGGACUUAUGAGCUUCACGUCCGUGUUGAAAGGGUUCCAGGUUCUGCGCAGUUAGCAGUAACUCCAGAGGAGGAUGUCAUCUCUGCUCAACAGACUCUCCCUGGGUGUCCUUGUGCUCCACAUCUUUGUGGCAGCGAUACAGGGAGAGUCUGAAGACGUUCCAUCAAAGCUUUCCGUAAAUGCUGUGGAGGAGAAGGAGACACUCCUGCCCUGCAAGUACCAACCAAGUGAAAACCGUGUGGUGCAGGUCAGCUGGUUUAAGGUGAUGCCCGAUGGGAGCAAGAACCAGAUAAUCCUUGUAGACCAUAUAGAAGGCCAGCAUGCAUUCGGGAAUUGGGCAGGCCGUGUGCGCUUUAAAAGCAAGCAACCUACCGUGGAUCCAGCUCUGGUGAUCGCCAACACAGAGGUUUCGGAUGAGGGCGAUUACAUCUGCCACAUCAGUGCCUUCCCAUCUGGCAACUCUGAAUUAGUGAUGUCUCUCACCGUGUGGACUACUCCCAUUUCCUCCUUGGAACUAGAGGUUGUGAGGGAGGGGGAGCCCUACAGGCAGGUGGCCUCCUGUCGCUCUGUAGCCCGCCCACCUCCUCAGCUCUCCUGGGAAACCGAGCUGAAUGGUCAAGCCGUCAAUCGGACCUCCGAGAACGGGGCAGUCUCCACACACUACUCUCUGCACCCUCUGAGGAGUAUGAAUGGAAAGAAGCUCCACUGCCUGGUGUGGCACCCGAUUUUUGAACGACCGCGCAGGAUCACAAAACAACUGGAGGUGCACUUUCCUCCAGAUGCUGAAGUGUCUGGCUACAAGGAAGAAUGGCAUGUUGAUAUGGAGAACGCUGCCCUGAAGUGCACACGCAGGGGAAACCCUGAACCAAGCCUCACUUGGACCAGACUAGGUGGAGCCCUGCCCAAAGGUGCAGUUCCCCUCCCCGAUGGAAGACUUGUCUUUGAACGGGCCCUUAACACCUCAGAUGAGGGCACCUAUCAGUGCGUGGUGAAUAACACAGAGGGCGAAUUCAAGGCGGAGGUCACGGUCACCUUAAAAGGGACUCCCAGGGACCUGCCCAAACCCACCAACACCUUCAUGUUCAUCCUGGGGGGCGCGGCUGCCGCGCUGCUGAUUGUCAUGCUGGUCCUGGUCAUCAUCGUCACCUGCUACCACAAGCGCAAGAACAAGAAGCUGAAAAAGGAGCUAACUGAGAAAAAGGAUGAAAUAAGUACUUUAUCCAGACAAGCUUCGUUCAGGAGAGUGAACUCUGUCAGCACCGACGCCAGAGAGAUUAUGGAAAGCAUCCCUCUGAAGGUGGAGGGAACCAUGAGGACUAGCCUAUCUUCCCUCGCGGAGCACAACCGUUGCCGUGACAGCAGGUCAACUGUCUCGGGUGGGCGUGGAGGAGGGAGUCCCGCGUUUGACUCCCUGGGCAGGCCGGCUAUCUACAACAACUCCCAGAGGAAGAGGGAAAGGCCCAUGGAUCCGGUCGACGAAAACUGGCUUAGAACAGAGCAAUAUGUGAGAAGCACCAACAGGUCCUUGGACCCUCAUUUGCUUUCCCCUUACUUGCAACCAACUUCUCCCUCGGUGCGCUCGGCUGAUGUCGUGAGAAAGAUGAACGGCAAUGUCCUCAUCCAAGCCAACGGGGGUUCGCGUCCGGGAAGCACCAUCAAGAGCUACCAGGCCCCUCCCAUGAGCUGCGCCUUCCCGCCAGCGCAGUACGACGAGGACGAGAUCGACGAGGGGCUGGGCGGCCCCGCCAGUCAGGAGCAUCCCGACGAUCAGGACAGCGAGGCCUCCAGCUCGAAUUUGUCGAAGAACAGGAUAAGCCCCCAGGCUCUCAAUCACAACCCCCACGCUUCCUACGUCCACAAGGCCCAGAUCGUUUAGCAGGCGGCAGCGGGACCUCGGGUGAAACUAAAGAAGUGGGCUGCUGUGCUUCUGGGAACAUUUCCAAGUCACCCAGGGAAAGCAACGGCUACUUUCAGCUCAGGACGGAAACAGACUUUAUCUUGAGAUGGUUUUACAUAGAGGACACGCGGUUUGGAAAUCAGUCACAUUACAGGCAAAAGAAAAUGUCACCAAGCUCCCGUUUGUUGCAGUUGCUACAGCUUUUGCAAUGCCCCGCUGUUUUAGCUGGCGCCAGCUGACAGCUGAAGACAGCUGAGAACCUUUGCUCGUAUCCACCUGAAGCACUUCAUACCAACGGAAACCAGGAAACGCGGGAGGAGGAUCAUAAAAAAAAAAAAAAGGCUGUGGGAAAGUAUGCAAAUCAGAAGAGUGGAUUGCAACAGGGGGGGGGGGGGGGGGAUCGGAGGAAGAGUAACUGUGCCUGUGACGGGUUUUGCUUACGAACAACUGUUUGGGAGCCGAUCCAGAACCUGUGUGUCUCUGGCCACACCCGAAACAUGCAUACCUCCACACAUUGUCUCCCGAGUCUCUUCACCUCAGGCUUCACCUCAGGCGUCGGGACGGGAAAAUGGUUCUGUGUGUUAAUCGCCUGCACAUACGGACGGGCUCGUGCGCGGGAGACUUUCUUUUGUUGAAAAGACAGUUUGGAAGGUGCUUAUUCCUAACAUCAGAUGUUUCUACAUGCCAAGCCGAACGGGUCCCGUAUCCUCACAAACUUCAAAUCACCACGUUUUGCCUUUUUCUCUGGAGGAUGCUGUGAAUAGAGGUUCAGGACACCCAACACCCACAUGUCCUUAAUGAAACUUGACGGUGUAUAUAUAUAUAUACGGAAAGCGUAAAAGUGGGCAAAACACACAAAUCAGCUCCACUUGAAUUCAUCCAUUUGCCAGCCAAAUUUUCACCCCUAACGUUGUCUGUAUCAGUUUAUGUCUGUAGCUUUAAUGAAUUAUGAGUAUAAAGUCAUAAAAAUGGUUGAAUCGCACUUAUAUUCUAGGCUAAUUCAGUUGCAAUCUUUACUGGAUGCACAUAGCUAUGUUAGUUUGUAGCAGACUGUGAGCAGAUUCUAAAAACAUAGUUGUCAAAGCGGGUAACGUCCCCCUGGUGGGUACGAGUCAUCGCUUACAGCUAGACAAUAAAUAAGAAUAAAAAAAUAAAAAAGGUAUGAAAAUGCAAAAGGGCAAAAGGAUAAAUACCCAAUAAAGUGUGGAAGGCCUACAUCGAUGUUGAGCUGCCUAUCGCACUGUAAGCAGAGGCACACUCUGGACAAAAACUGGAAAACUAUGAAAAUGAAUGUAAAGGUGGACAUUUGCAUCUGCAUGCUGUUCCUACUGUCGAGUCAUCUGCCACUGUGGACUUGGCAGUACCAGCAACAGAACUGUGCCUUGGCAAGAGGAAUGGGACACUAUCUAAAACCUUUUGCUACUCUGGCAGAACCAAUUAUGUAUUUUCCUUUUUUUUAUCAUCUGUGGACGGUUGGUUUUAUUGUUUUGGUUCAGAUAUAUUUUAAGUAUUGUUGGGUUCUGCCACUACCCUGAUGGGGUCUGUGCCAAAGGGAAUAUGAAAGGUGUUUUUGCUGUUUCUUUUUGGAAUUGAAAGUAUUAUUAAUUUUUUUCCUCGUGUUACACAACCUUCCUGGUGCAGUGAGAAAUCCUUUGGUAGAACGUUUGAACAGUUUGUAAAAAGUGAAAAACUAAACAAAGCACUAUUCAAUCACCUGGAAGCUGUUGAACGGCUUGGGUAAAGCUCCCCCUGGUGUGUAAAGCUACGAAUUGCGUGUGGCUGGCAGACUUCACUGAGCUAUGAUUAUUUUUUUCUUUCAAAUCCAAAUAUCCUUGUGAUCCAGAAGACCUUUCUGAUCACAUGGAUUAUCAUUUCCCCCUCUGGAAGGUUGUAUGGGUAUUGAGCGUUAAUAUGAGAGGAUGCAUGGUCACACCCAGUUACCUGAGGGAUUUUAAAAAAAUACUUUGUACAUGUGAAACACUACAGAGGACCACAGUUUGAAUAAAUACUCUUUCAACACA